AAAAAAACAAAAAAAAACACAACCCAAAACAUUAAUUUUACAAUUUUAGUUAUACCCUGUGACUACAUAUUAUUUAUUGGCAUUUCUUAUUUCCACUCUUUUCAGGGGGAUCUUGAACGCAGCAUGCUGAAAAUUCGACCAUCCACCCUCUUGUUUCUCAGACCCCUCCUCAUCCAGAGGUUUUGUCCGUUUAUCAAACAGAUUCCCUGCACUUAAGAAAGUUUGUUCAUGAUAUUGUGCGUCCCAGCUUUUAUUAUAAUUAUUAUUUUCUACCAAUAAGUCAUAUUUUGGAGAGAUCCCUGCACCAGCAUGAAUCCACCUUGUGGAAGAUGCAAGAAACCAGUGUACCCCACAGAGAAAAUCAACUGCCUUGAUAAGUACUGGCACAAAGGAUGUUUCAGCUGUGAGGUGUGCAAGAUGGCACUAAGUAUGAACAACUACAAAGGAUUUGAGAAGAAACCUUACUGCACCAUGCAUUAUCCUAAAACCUCCUUCACCAUUGUGACUGACACCCCUGAGAAUCUACGCCUGAAGCAGCAGAGCAUGCUCAACAGUCAGGCUCUUUACAAGGAGGAGUUUGAGAAGAACAAGGGCAAAGGGUUCAGCGUGGUGGCCGACACUCCAGAGAUGCAGAGGUUGAAGAAGACGCAAGACCAGAUCAGUAACAUAAAGUACCAUGAAGAGUUUGAAAAGAGCAAAAUUCGAAGUGACGCACCUCCUCCUGAGAACAGACAAGAGGAAGCAGCCCACCUUGAAGUUUUUAGGCCGCCAGCUGGACAGAUGCACCCAGCUACUGUAGCGCCAUCUGGUGGAGGGAAGCGUUACCAGGCGCUGUACAGCUACACAGCAGCAGAAGCUGAUGAAGUCUCUUUGAUAGAGGGAGAUCUGAUCUUAGACGUGGAGCAAAUUGACGAGGGCUGGAUGUUCGGGUGCAACCAACGCACUGGACAGAGAGGAAUGCUGCCUGCCAACUAUGUACGACCUGUGUAGGAAAACACUAGAUGUCAUUCAAUACCAUUAGUCCUUGUUGCCACAUCACACAUUUGACAAGUUAUUUAAGUCAUUACUGCUUACAUUUGUGCCUUUGUUCGCAGAAUUCCCUCACGUACAGAUUGGUUUCUAUAAUGACUUGAUCUGGUAAAGAAUCAAACACAAUUCAUAAGUAUCCUAUACUUUGAACAGAAAACUGCUUUUCCCAAACAUUUUGUUAAAGUAAAAAUACAAUAAAUCUCUUGAACAAA